AGUGUAGACAAGCACUGAAACUCACUGCUUUGGUCAGUAGUGUGAACUCUGCUGCCCAGGGGUCACAGAGAUCCGAAGCUACCCACCCACCCUCACUAAAAACCCCACAUGUUUUUGAAAUGCCUUUUCCUGAUUGCCCAGCUUGUGGAUACACCAUGCACAUUGUUGUGUGCAACUGCCAAACCGACCAUGCCCGGCUGCAUGCUCCAGACACACUCCUGCAUGGAAUAGACAAGAGGUAUCAGAUCUCCUUGGCCUGUGGGGAAAAGAGACUGUGCAGGCAUGGAACAGCCAUACAAAUGUGACAGAUGACAUGGGGGAUGCAGGUGAAGGGGUAUGACAGGAAUCAGCGAUGAUGUGGGAAAUCUAAGGAACAGCAAGAGGCAUACCAGAAGGCCAGGGGGCCCGACAGUUGAUCUAGUGCUGAGCUGCAGACCUGCUGCUGUUACAAUGAGCUUCAUGCCAUACUUGCCGAGGAGCCUGAGAGACAGAUCCCUGCUGUGAACAGUGAGGAGGAGGAUGGGGGGCAUGCGAUCUGGGGUGUCCAACUAUGCUGCGAGCCAGGACCUGUUUGAGGCUCCACCACCAUCUAGUCAGUCCCAGCAGCAGAGCUCGGAUGAGUAGGGAAAGGAACCUUGGGUAAAUGUGUGAAUGCAGUUCCCAUUACAGUGAUUAAAUGUAUAGAUGGUGCCUGACCCAAUGCAGCAGGAAGCAGGUAUUGACUUUUAUUAGUUUACUAAUAGAAGAGGUAGUGGUACAUCAAACAGAGGUAGAGUUGUCUGGUUUUCAUUUCCUUGUAGAGUCAGGCAAGGGAGGCCAUGGAGAGCACUUUGUUUAUGUACACAGGGAUGUCCCUUGAAUCCUCCAGAGAGAUCCUCCAGAGGAUCUCCACAAUCCUCUCCCAAAGCUUUCUAGGGAUGGCAGUCUUAUUUCUUCCUCUGCGGUAGGACACUUUCCCACGCCAGUCCGCAAUGACUUCGUCAGGCACCAUAGCGGUUAAUAGGCUAGCAGCAUAUGGGCCCAAGUGGCUUUGGGAUGUCAGCAGCAGCUGUGCUCUCUGUGCCUUUGUUAGUCUCAGAAGCAAGAGACCUGCUACAAUCACCACUGCCUGUGGAAAAUAGUGCCAGUACUCAGUACCAUUGCCCUACAUUCGUACCCAUGGAGAUGGGGACCAACAUUUGAUUGUUUCAUCCUACAGAACAAUUCCCUCUCAUUUACCCCGUGCCCCUGAUGGGCCAUACUCACCAUGGCUGAAACUGGAGAGCAGUGCUGUGCACAGGCACUCUGGAGCUGAAGUGUCAAUAAGCAUGUCUUGUUUAAAACUUUAGGAGAGCAAGGGAAGGGAGCUCUGAAACUUAACUUUCAGUUUAUAAAUACAACGAUACCACUGUGUAUUUUUUCUCUGUCUUCUGCGGUUGUGGCCUGGAGGGGUCCCCCUCCACACCUGUUGAAAGCCUGACCUGGAUAAGGAGGAAAAAGAAGACGACUUAGGAGGAUAUGGUCUCUGAGAUCCUGCAAGACAGUGCCGUUUCAGACUGUGAGCAGAGGGGCUGGUGGGUGAAUAUUGCCGACAGCGUGGAGAAAGGCCCAGGAGUCCCAGCAGGAAAAGGAGAGAGAGGGAGCUGCACCAGGACAUAAUGGGGCUUUUCCAGCAGAAAACACAGAUGCUGCAGCCUCUUGACCUACAGGUUCAACAAGCAUGGGCUCACCUCCCUUUGCAGCCAAUGGAGAACUCCAUGUUAGCACCUCCCUAGACCCCCAACUUUCCAUGUGGCAUCAGGAGCCGUGUCUCUAUUGCUCCCAAUCCAUGCUAGAAAACAGUAAGAACAGCUUAACAUAAACUGAACUGAGAGCGCCCUGGUUGCUGUUUGUGUAGGCAAAAUCGACUAAAAUGGACAUGAACAUUUUCCCCUUCUGUCAUGUCAACUCAUCUAAGUCUCCAUAAAGAAUAUUUGCAAGCCUGCCAAGAGUCAAGCCAUCCAGAAAACCCUUUCAUUGCCCACAUGCUUGAAGAAGCUGAGAAAGCAGAUAUAACCAGAUUGACAAAAGGGAUCACAUUAAAAAUAGCUGGAAAUAACCGCUUGGUGCCAGUACAGAAAGUUACAGAUGAGGAUUUUCGAAUGCUUGCCUGCAUCAUAAGCAAUAACACAUUUGUUACAGGCCUGGACCUUAGAUAUAAUGUAUUAACUGAUGUUGGAGCAGAGCAUGCUGCAAAAUUCCUUCAGGAAAACUCAACCCUGUGCUACCUCAAUCUGAUGUUUAAUGAUAUUGGUGCCAAUGGAGCAGAACUGAUAGCUAAAGCAUUGCAUAGGAAUGAAACGCUCCUACACCUGAGAAUGACUGGCAACAAAAUUGAAAACAAAGGUGGGAUGUACUUUGCUUCAAUGCUGCAAAUUAAUUCGACCUUAGAGAAGUUAGAUCUUGGAGACUGUGAUCUGGGUACACAAAGUCUAAUAGCAAUAGCAACAGUUAUGAGCCAUAACAAAGCGAUGAAAGCACUAAACCUAAACCGUCCUAUACUGUACAGCCAAGAGGAAGAGACCACAGUUCACACAGCUCUAAUGAUGAAAAAUAACUCUUGUCUUAUGGAACUGCAUUUGUGCAAACAUGAAAUGAAGAACUUUGGUGUGGAGCGUCUGUGUCAUGCAUUGUAUGAAAACUGCAGCCUGCGAUAUCUUGACCUCAGUUGUAAUAAAAUAACUCGUGAUGGUGUGAAAUUUUUGGGAGAACUGCUGAAACGGAACCAAACUCUGGAAAUCCUAGAUCUUAAUUCAAACAGGAUAGAAGAUGAUGGAGCCAUCUAUCUGAGUGAAGCCCUGGCUUUGUACAACAGGACUCUUCAAGCGUUAGCAAUAGUGAGCAACAAUAUAAGUGGAAAAGGACUUGUUGCUCUUUCGGAUUCAAUGAAAACAAACAUGGUGCUUUCCUACAUUUAUAUUUGGGGAAACAAAUUUGAUGAGGCCACCUGUGUCGCAUUUUCAGACUUAAUUAAAACUGGCCGCUUGAAACCGAAUUGUACAGACGUGGAUCCAUAUGAAGUGGAUGGGCAUGUAUAUCUUGCAGAACUCUCUCAUGGCCUUAAAAGGCAUUACUAUUGGACACCAAGUUAUGGGGAGGUUGAUAACAAAUAUGCUAAUGCCAGUCUUGCAAUAGGAGCAGUUGCAGAACAUUUGUGAACAAGGUAACAACUUGAUGCAUUUAUAUCUAUCAGCGUGUGGGUUUUUCUGUCUUAUUUCUUUGUAAGUCAAAAUGAUAGUAUGUAGUUUCUUGAGAAAGUUAUUUUGGAGUGCGCCAAUAUACCUUUGAAAAGUACUAGAGAUAAAACCAACUCAAACUGAGUCCAACAUGAGUUUUUUUAACAUAGUAGUAUAUAUUGUUGCUGUAGGCAGUGGUUCCCAACCUAUUUAGCAUUGUGGGCCAUAUAUGCAGCUCUCUCUGUAUAUUGUGUGGAUGCGGCCCACAACACACACUACCUAUAUAGCCCUGAGGAUGUCAUAUGGGCCAUAGCUGUGUGCUGAUUGAGCUGCAGGUUGAGAACCACUGCUGUAGAUAAACAGAAGUUCGGUAGAUGAUGCCCAGACUAUGAUUAAAGGACUCUUAUGAUGAAAGUGCAUGGGUUUAAUUGCUGUCAUUUUUUAUAUAAGGAGACACGAUGCUCUCUGUCUCAAGCGUCUGUCUUCUUUCUGUGCCUACUCAUUUAGUCAAUAUGAUCCACCCUCCCACAGAGUAACAGAGGAAGAACAACCAACUAUGACAGCAGUACUUCGCACUGAUAUCUUCCACAGGUACAGCAGAAAGUUGUGGGGGUUUUUAAGUGACAGAUUAUACUGCCCUUAAAUAGAAAGAGUGUACAUUGGCAAGAAAAUCAGGCUUCUAAAAUAAAGCAAAAUUGUCAAGUAGCUACAGCAAUGCAUUUAAAAAGCAACUAUGUAUUAUUGUUAGUUGGACUCUCAGUGCCACAACAUUGCUAUCCUAGCGCUAUGGGACUACUUAGGGCCCUACUGUAUCAGGCAGAAAUAUCCAAGAGGGUAUUGAUACCGAUUGUGCGUGCACAAAAUUAGCCUUAGCCCUGGAAGUGGAGAGAGGGAUAUUGGGUUUUUGUGCCUGUUUAGAUUAGGGUGACCAGAUGUCCUGAUAUUAUAGGGACGGUCCCAAUUUUUGGGUCUUUUUCUUAUAUAGGCUCCUAUUACACCCCAGCUCCUGCCCCGAUUUUUCACACUUGCUGUCUGGUCACUCUAGAUUAGAUACCAUGCAGAUCAGAAUCACUGUAAUGACUUGGGCCAGACUACUUCUAAAUCUAUUAUAGUACUUAUUUCAGCAGGUUUCUUCAAAAUAAAAUAGCCAAAAUAACAAAUUCUGUCUGAGGACUAAGUUAUCUUGUAUACUUCUGAAUUAAAAAAUUACUAUA